CCCAGGCUUUUCGCCCCUCCUUCGCUGCUGCAGAUUUUGAGAGUUCAGAACGCGGCUUUUCCACUGCGUCUCAUGAUCUUCCCUUCUUCCCUCCCUCCCCCUAUUUCGGCGUUCGUACUCAGCCGGUUCCCAGCGGGAAAGGCACACCGACACAAGAUGGACCCGCUCAGUAUUGCGGCUAGCAUCUUUGCGGUGAUCCAGAUCGCCGACAGGGUAAUAUCGCUCUGCAAAUUCUAUCUUGAACUUGCCAGCGAUGCUCCAUCGGAUCUUCGAGUCAUUUUGAUCGAGGCGUCGGCCCUGAAAGCGAUCUUGGACAACAUACAAUUCCUCGCGUCCAAUGGACACGGGCCAGUCUCUCUUAACACGCUGAUCGGAAAGGAAGGUCCCGUCGAAGGCUGUCGCAAAGCACUCCACCAUAUGAGUGCACUGUUCCCGGCCGAGUCUGCGCAGGGCACGUUGGGCAUCAAAUCCAAGCGGCAGAAAGUGGCGGAGAUGCUGCACACCCUCGGCUGGUCUUUCAAAGAGACUAAGGCUAGGAGACUGUUAGCGGAAGUGGUGCAACACAAGACUACUCUCAAUCUGGCACUUACGGUAGACAUCAGCCAUGACAUCAAGAAAAUUAAAGGCAAAGCGGGCGAGAUCCAGACGGCCCUUUCGGGCAUUGAGCGGCGCGAUGUUUACAAGUGGCUUGAGGGCAUCGAUCCGUCAUCUCUCCAUCAUCGAGCUUGUAGCCAAUAUGAGCCGGGGACUGGCGGCUGGGUACUUCGAUCCGAUGAUUGGAAGGCUUGGAUCUCAGGCCCGAACCGCGCUCUGUGGAUCCACGGCAUACCGGGGGCCGGGAAAACAGUGCUCGCGUCUCAUUUGAUCGAAAACGUCAAGACGCGCUGCAACGCUGGUGACGCGGCGAAAAGCAGGAACGCAUACGUCUACUACUACUGCUAUUUUGGCCACAACACAGACGAAGCAUUGCACUUCUUGCGGUGGAUAAUUCGUCAACUCGGUCGGGCGGCAGACACUAUGCCUGCCAACUUGUACAAGCUUUACAGGCGCGGCGAGGGACCUAGCCUAUCGGACCUGUUCUAUGUGCUGGAAGAGAUGAUGGAAGCGUUCGACUGUGUCUAUGUCAUCCUGGACGCCAUCGACGAGAGUAUGCCUAGGACGAAUCUCCUGAAAGUCUUACGAGAUCUCAUCACCGACCCGAGAUUUUCGAAGACGCGGGUUUUGGCAACUAGUCGCGAGUACCUCGAUAUCGAAGAAUCCAUGAAAGGGAUCUCGACGUCGAUUUCCAUGAGGAAUCCUUUGCUUGACGAAGAUAUACGACUAUUUGUCCAAGCACAACUUAAGACGCACCCCAAAUUAAGGCUCUGGCCUGCUAGCGUGCAAGACGAGGCUUUGGAGGCACUGUCCGCAAAAGCGAAAGGAAUGUUUCGCUGGGUCGUGUGUCAGAUCGAUAUCCUGCAGCGUCUGAAAGGCGACAAGGCCACUAUAUUAAAGGCAUUGGUCUGCCUGCCGCGGACUCUGGACGAAACCUACGAGCGGAUAUUCCUCCAAAUACCCCAUGAGUCCAGGCUGGUUGUCCAUCAUGCGCUGAAAUGGAUUUACGCCCAUGAUGACUUGCGCGUCGACAACAUACCCGCUUCCAAUCUUAUCCAGGCCAUACAAAGGAGCACCGCUCUGCUCGGCUCUAGUGGAUACGACUAUGAUUACAACGUGGAUCUUCUCCGCGACCUCUGUGGGUGCCUGAUAUCGCUGUCACCCCAAGAGCGUGACAACGACGAUGUAAAAUUCCAGCCUACGACUGCUGUAGCUUUUGCACAUUACACGGUCUUGGAAUUCCUGGAUUCGACGAGAAUACGAAAUGGGCCUGCUUCUUUCUUUGCUAUCGACGAAGAGUUGGUCAAGCUCGAGUUUGCAAAGAUGGUUAUGCUGGAAGCGCUCGACACCGAACCGAAUGACAUCUGGGACACAGAAGACAUCUACCUUGGGAAUGAAAAGAUCGCUGAUGCCAUAGAAGAAUCCUUCAAUCUUUAUAGUAUUGUAUCAUCAAUACUUGCCGUGAAGUGUUGGGGCCAAACACUCGCCUCGGACACCACUUUGUGCGAGCUAGCAUUUGCAAUGCUCAAUGCGACGAGCCAGCAUUUCGAACACCUCGCACAUACUGCAGCAUGUAUCGAGAAUGCCACCCAUGUCUUUUCGAGUGACUUGCUCUAUGAAGAUGAGCAAUUCUGGAAUCUGUCAUGGAGGCAGCUACCGACAAAUGAUGCGGUGCGAACACUCAUCAACUUGUUAUUCACAGAUGAAAGUUCUGAGCUCGGGCGGAAGUUCGUCCAAAGCAUCCGCGCAGGAAGCUGGCUACAAAGCAGUGUCGAUCUGAGCCUUCCGAUAUGGCAUCCGAUAAGUGAAGAGGCCAUAGAACUGUGCCAAUUUGAAGGGACACUUGUAGAGCUCUUUGCCCUGUUCAGCAACGGAAGGUCAGACGCUUUGAAACUGUUCCUUGAACUUGUAAUAGGUUACUUCGACCCUUCGAAAAUCCUGUUGCAUUUGGUUGGUUGGCACACUCACGACGGGAAUGAUGGCAGCUGCAACGGCAGUUGUAUUUUGGCCCGUCAGCUGCAGCUUGGAGCAGAUCCUGACGGCCCUGGAUAUAGAAUCUGUCCGUUACAAAUUGCAGCUAGGAUGCGGGACUUGAAAGGAGUCAGGUUGUUGCUCGAGGCUGGGGCGAACCCAAACCACACCGGAGACCAGAAGGGCGAAGUGUGGAAAGAGGGCACCGUUCUCGCUCGGUUCAACAACAUCCUGGAUUGCAGCCCUCUCAACAUCGUGCAAACGAUGGGCUGCUAUUUUGUGGGCGACCAACUUGACAAGAGAAAAGAAGAUGUGCCAAAGAUAGUAGCACUGAUGCGCGAGUAUGGGGCGAGGAGUUUCACGAGAACUGAGGCUGAAUCCUAGGCACUGGCGCCAGACCCUCGAGGUCGGGUAACCUGGGCAGCGAGCUGUCGAGGUAGAAGCAAGACGGCGAUACGUGAGGCGUCUUUAGAAGAUCCAACUUUCUAUAUUUCAACAUCAGUAGUAUAUCGCAUGCGGGUGACUGUCGAGGUAACAAAGCCUAGUCAAGGCCGCUUCAACCUCGUAACCAACGCCUCCAGGUCCCUGACCGCGAGUCCCUCAGCCUCGGCACCCUGGUAGAACCCCUUCAGCUCCGCAAUCGCCUUCCGGGCAUACUUCGCCGCGCCCUCGGCGUCUCCAGCAGCCAGACACAGGCGGGCCAUGACGUCGAAGUGGUCGCC